AUGGCCGAGCCCACGCCCAACGACACCAAGCAACACGACACGGAGAGACAAUCCCCGGCAUGCGCGCAAAAGACAUCGGCCUUCAAGUCCCUCGGCUGGCUGGACAAGUUCCUCGCCAUAUGGAUCCUUCUCGCCAUGCUCGUCGGCAUACUGCUGGGGAACUUUGUGCCCAGCACCGAGAGGGUUCUCCAGCAGGGACGCUGGGUCGGGGUGUCGAUACCAAUCGCAAUCGGGUUGUUGGUCAUGAUGUACCCCAUCCUGUGUAAUGUGCGGUACGAAACGCUGCACAGGAUUCUGGGGCAAAAGGCCCUCUGGAUGCAGGUCCUCUUCAGCAUCGUCUUCAACUGGAUCGUCGCACCGUUCUUCAUGCUCGGCCUGGCAUGGGCUUUUCUCCCCGACGAACCAGAUCUCCGCAAUGGCCUCAUUCUCGUCGGUCUUGGCCGCUGUAUUGCCAUGGUGCUUAUAUGGAAUGGCCUUGCGGGUGGCGACGCCGAGUACUGCGCCAUCUUGGUCGCCAUCAAUUCCAUGCUGCAGAUGGUCCUGUUCGCGCCCAUGGCUGUGUUCUUUAUCCGUGUCAUUGGACGCCCAGACAGUGACGACGUGGCCGUACAAUACUCUGUUGUCGCAACGAGCGUGGGCGUGUUUCUGGGCAUCCCUCUCGGCACGGCAAUCGUCACCCGCCUUGCCUUGCGGCAUCUAGCCGGCGAGAAGUGGUACAACGACAUCUUUAUGAAGCUCCUGUCGCCAUGGUCCCUGAUCGGGCUGCUGUACACGAUUAUUGUGUUGUUUGCCGCCCAGGGAAAGCAUGUCGUGCGGCAGAUUGUGAGUGUUGUGCGUGUGGCCGCUCCGCUGGUAGUGUAUUUCCUCGUCAUCUUCUUUGUUACGCUAUGGGUGACGAGGAGACUGGGGUAUGGCUACCGCAUUGGAUGCACGCAGAGUUUCACGGCUGCCAGCAACAACUUCGAGCUAGCCAUCGCGGUGGCGGUUGCAACCUUUGGGGCGGAUAGUGAGCAGGCGUUGGCGGCGACGGUUGGGCCUCUGAUCGAGGUUCCUGUCUUGGUUGGGCUAGUGUAUUUCGUGAGAUGGAUUGGACGGCGGUGGAAAUGGGAGGAGUAA